GGAGAAGUGUCGCGAUGGUGAAGGACACGAAGCUGUACGAGUUGCUGGGUGUGGAUGCGUCGGCGUCGCCGUCCGAGAUCCAGCGGGCCUUCCGCCUCAUGGCCCUCAAGGUACACCCCGACAAGAACCCAAACGACAAGGACGCCAAGGACAACUUCCAGCAGCUGAAGAAGGCGUAUGACAUACUCAAAGACCCCAAACAGAGGGAAAUCUACGACGAAACCGGUCAGCAUGUGUGUCAUAUGUGUCUGCUCGAUGGCAGCCCCCUUCUGCAGAUGUCUGCUGUGUGUGUGGGUGGCCGUCAUUGCAGGAUUGGCUGACGAGGAUGCGGCGGUGGAGUUUGAGACGGCGUAUGAGUACUACCGCCGUGUGCGGCCCAAGAUCACCCCGCAGGACAUAGCAGAGUUCGAGCGCAGCUACAGGGGCAGCGACGAGGAGAAGGAAGACCUCAAGAACUUCUAUGUCGAGUGAGUCCGCACGGCGAGGCCAUUGGUGGGACGACAGAUGGGGAAUGGUGUGUUGUGUGUCACGUUUGUGUUUCAGUAAGGAGGGUGAUGUCAGCCUGUUGCUCGAUUACAUCCCCCUGGCCAGGCCGGACGACCUCGACAGAUUCAUACAAACACUAGACCAGCUCAUCGCAGACAAGGUGCGCACACACACACACAGAGGGAGAGAGCACAGCACAGCGCAACACAACACAACCAUCGUUCCUUCCUCCGUUGUCUGUCCUCCUGCCACUGAUUGAUGUGUCACGUAGGAGUUGCCCAAGAAGCGUCAGUACGGCCCGUCGCAGGCCAAGUUGCGCAAGGCGGCCGAGAAGCUGGCGCGGCGCAUCUCACGCGAGGCCAAGGAGGCCGAGGAGGCCAUGGAGGAACUCAAAGGCAAAGAGGGGGCCGGGGGCAGUGGCGGGAGGCGACGCCGGGGAGGUGGGAGUAGUGCUGCUGCCGCCGCGAGUAGUGCUGAUGACGGCAUGGGCGGGCUGAUCGCUGCUAUACAGGUCGAGGAGCAGGAAGGAGCUGUUUCCGUGUUUGAUGUGUUAAUUGUAUUCCUGACACGUUGGAUGUGUGUGUGUGUGUGUGUUGCAGCAGCGGAAGGCGAAGAAUGCGUCGUUUCUGGAUGACCUGGAGCAGCGCUUCUCGGCCAAAGAGAAACGAAAGGUCAGUCAGUCAGUCAGUCCGUCAGGCAACCACCUUCCUUCACACCGUCCUGCCCUGCAGCACCCACUCAACUCACUGUCUGUGCGUCCUUCCGUUCCUCUGUCCUGUCUUCUCCCUCCUUUGCAGAAGCCGGAGGAGCCCACCGAGGAGGAGUUUGAGGUACCGAACGCCCCCACGCCGGCUGCAUCUCUCUGUCUGUCCGUGUGUCUGCCUGUCUGUCGUGCAGGCGGCCCGCCAGCGUCUGCAGCAGAAGGCGUCGGCGGAUAGUGCCGAGAGGCGCAAGGGCCCCGCCCGCAAGGCCAGGGGCAAGGCAGCAGCGGCAGCAGCGGCGGCCGCAGUCCAUGACGACAUGGUCGAUGAUGAAGACGAUGAGGGCGAAGAUCAGAAGGAGGAGGAAGAUCAGGAGGAGGAUGAGGCGGGUGCAGGUGUGAAGGGCGGCAGGGGUGCUGGGAAGGGUACUAGGGGCGCUGGCCGUGCGGCGGGGGUGAGGAAGGAGGCCGGCAAGAAGAAAACCAAGAGGUGAACAGAACACAGGUGAGUCAGAGGCGACAGUGUAGAGGAUAGCGAGCUGACUGAAUAGCUAGAUGGUGCAUUAGGCUGGUGCGGUGCGGGGGCGGCCUGCUUUUUGUCCGUGUCUGAAUGGAGCGUGUGACGCAUGGAUGGAUGGAUGGAUGGCUGGAUGGACGAGUGCAUGGGUAGAGAGAAACGUCCCUGUGCAUGUCGUGCCGUGCCGGUGUGUCGGUGCGUUGAAUUGCUUUUGUUCAAUCUUUUCGUCUGGCUGCUGCUCUAUGAACAACACGACCAUGGUAUGAUAGCGAUUCACUCAGCCCAGGUCCCUUCCC